AUGAGUGUAGAUCCGAAGAAAACUGCCUCUAACGGGAAUGAGAAAAUAUUAAUACCACAAGAACAGCAGGCUAAGAUCAAUGAGAUGAGAAAGCUACUAGGGCCACUGUCUGGUAAGGCAUUGAUUUAUUGUUCUGACGCAUCCAUCGCGAGGUAUUUAAGGGCACGGAGUUGGAAUGUCAAGAAGGCAGCUAAAAUGUUGAAACAGACCCUUAAAUGGAGAGCAGAAUAUAAACCAGAAGAGAUCCGCUGGGAAGAUGUUGCUCAAGAAGCAGAGACCGGAAAGAUCUACAGAUCAAACUAUAUUGACAAGCAUGGGAGAACAGUACUUGUAAUGAGACCCGCUCGUCAGAACUCAAAGUCAACAAAAGGACAGAUUAAGUAUUUGGUGUACUGCAUGGAGAAUGCUAUUCUAAAUCUUCAACAGGAGCAGGAACAGAUGGUCUGGCUGAUUGAUUUCCAGGGUUUCAGUAUGUCACAUAUAUCUAUCAAAGUGACACGUGAAACUGCUCACGUAUUACAAGAACAUUAUCCUGAAAGGCUGGGUCUGGCAAUACUCUACAAUCCUCCAAAAAUCUUCGAGCCAUUCUUCACGAUGGUAAAGCCCAUAUUAGAGACCAAGACUUAUAACAAAGUCAAGUUUUGUUAUUCUGAUGACCAGAACACCAAGAAGAUUAUGGAGGAUUUAUUUGAUCUGGACCAUCUUGAAUCCGCAUUCGGUGGGAAUGAAAAUACACCAUUUGAUAUUAAUAAAUAUGCCGAGAGAAUGAAAGAGGAUGAUAAGAAGAUUCCCUCUUUCUGGAUAAGGGAAACCUCUCCAUCCUCAGUUCCAAUUGAUGUUCCUUCUUUAGAUUCCAUUAAACUAGACACCGAUUCUGAUGCCUCUGACAACGAGAAAAUAGUUCGUUCUUCUGACUCAGUAGCGGACGCCAGCUUAGUCAACAACCCUGAUCAAAACUUGGUUAAUGAAGAGGAUCUGAAUGUAAGUGCUGCUGUGCAUUAG